AUGGAUGCCCAAAGUCUAUUACCCUUUUGGGGACUUGAACAAAAAAAUAUUGUUUCAUUAAUCGCAACCGAUAUUGAUCAAAUCGAUCAAACGAUCAAAUAUGUUGCCGGACUCGAUAUAAGUUUUGUUAGGACAAACGAUAAAGCUGUGGCUGCCAUGGUCAUUUUCGAUUAUGAAACAUUGAGUAUAGUAGCUAAAAUUAGUAUUAAUUGUCAUAUGAAAAUUCCAUACAUUCCAUCCUAUCUGGCAUUUCUUGAAGCGCCUGUUUUGAUGAAAUUAAUCGAUAUUCUUCAAGAAAAUUGUCCAGAAUUGACACCACAAGUAAUUCUUAUCGAUGGUAAUGGUGUUUGGCAUCCCACAUUUCAGUGUGCUCAGUGGAAUUCCGUGUUUUAG